CACUUGCGCACUAUUUGCGCGUAGCGUCGAGAGUGAAUUGAGGUUAGUUUCGUGGAAAAACAAGAUUUUCAAUUUUAUUUAUUUGUGAGGGGUUUUUUGGAACGUUGCAAGGAGAAAUCUGCUGCCGUCAUUCUUUUAUUUGAUGGGUACCAACAUAAAAUAAUUACUUGUGAAAGUGACAAGAUUUGUGAAAAAAGCGACUUCAGGUUAAGGAAAUCUAUACUGCCGUUUGUGACAAAUGACGUGGUGGCGCCACCGUCGCUCGCCACAAUUUUGAGGUUAUAACGAAAAAUGGCGCUAUGAAUUGUUAGGAAAAACUUCCAAAAGUCUGACGUCUGGCGCUGCAGUCGUUAUUGAGGUUAGAAAAAUGGCGUUUUAAUUAUCGAACACGUCGAAUAUGUCGCAACCAGCUGUGAAAAAUUCCGGUGUUUUUACCAGGACAUUGUUUGACGGAGAAUGUAUUGAUUUAACUGAUGAUGCAGACCUCCAAACUAUUGACAACAACAAGGUCCGUAAUAAUGUAAAACCUACUUUACAAAUGAGACCAGCUGUUAAUGAAAAUGCAAAACUUGUCAAUCAGCAGCCAGUAAAAACUAUGUCUGCGCCACCCAAACCUGUACUAAAACCCACCAUAGAAAACUGCAACAACAAAAACAUAGUUGUUUUAUCCAACCAAGUUGUAUCUUUGGAAAAAGUCAAACAACACGACGGAUUCGUGUAUGUGCGUCCAGUAAGCACGACUUUUGAAGAUACUAGAGUGGAAGAAGGCGACGUUGUGGUAACUCCAAGUUCUAAAGAAAUCCGCAGCCAAAAAUUCCCGAUGGAUCAACCGUCUGCGGAUCCGCUUAGCAAUAUUGAUAACGACGACGAUGACGUCAUAUUCUUACCGAUCGGAGCACAGCUGAAGCAACGUACGCCUCAGAGUCCUAACCAGAUCCUGAAACCGGUUCAGAAGGUGGUUCAAAAUGCAAAACCUGGAAGUAUUAUGAACAAGCUUUCUGAAGCCAUAUCUUCUCUAAAACCUACUCAGACCAGAACCGAAAAUAGGGUUUUAGUGCCCAGGCUGCAGCACACUCAGACCGUUCAAAAAACACUCGCCAAGCCACAGCCAAAUCUUCAGAUAAUUUCACGAAAACCACCUCAGAAAGUGGUUCAAGCGGUAAAAGCGAACCCGGGUGUGAAUGGUACAAACGUGCAGUUGCAACAGGGUUCAAAACCUGUUAAGGUUUCUCCUGUUGCGGCAGCGGAACGAACUAUUGCCUCAUACAAACCUAUUCCUGAACUGGCUAAAAACAAGAUGGCGCCGGGUCCGGUUAACUUACCCAGUCUUGAAAAGUUCGGGAUUGUGAAUAAGGUUGGGCGUUUGAGUCGCGAGGAGGUGCUGAAAGCUGUGAAAAGUAUAUCAAAAGUGGGGCCACAAAGACCCAAAGUGGCGAAAAAAACCUACGUGAAAAUUAAACAAGGAGACACAGUUGUGGUCCAGAACCCCUUUUCGAACGGUAGAAGCGAGGUGAACGAGGUGGUUGUUCCUGAAGAUGGCGAAAAGAACAAAACCGCUAGUCAACGAGAAGACUCGACGUUGUCUCAAAUAGUAAUCCAGAAUGUGUACACAGCAGACGAUUCGUUGUUUAAUUCACCAGAAACGGCUGCAAUUAUAACCGAGGAUACACAACAGCUGGUUUUUUUAAACGGUGUUUCCAACGUGGACACAGUUCCUAAAACUCCAGUAUUAGUUCAAGAAACGGCACCUCUUGCUACUAAACCCAAUAUUCUCAAACCCCAAAAAACACCACAAACCCCGAACCUCUUAAUAGACCCGAUUCGGGGCUCAGUUAUCUACAACAAAGCUAUCCAGAAACAUGUUAAACCCGGAGACGGAAGUCCCGUGAAUUUGUCGGACCUUGCGGAAACGGUGUCCGCAGUGGCCACAAUAACCCCAAACGCAGACGGUAACACAGAUGGUACAAACAAAGGAGACGUGGUUUUUCUUCUCUACCCCGUGGGUGACGAUUCCGAGAGUGGAUCCCCGUUCCAAGAAGGCCAGGUUCGGCAAGUCUUAGCCUUGGUACCUUCGGACUCGAAAUUCGCCCCAGCUGCUCCCGUUCCCGACGUUACCGAGUCGAAGAAGACCGAUUCAGAUCUGAUGCCGCCUCCUAUGGUCCCGUUCUUAAGAAACAUAGGAGUUAAUAAACCAUCACCCUCGAGUAGUAAAGGGUUCGAGCCACCACAAAUCGUGGAACUCGACCCGCCUGAUCCCAGUCAAAUACGUAAACAUCCACGUAAAGACCUGGGAGUACACAACACCCGACGCAGUUUCCCGAGUGAAAACUACAUACCGAAACCAUCACCUGGAGAAGCCGAUCUGCAAGAACUACUCGAACAACUCGGUGGUCCCCCGCGCAAAAAAAUCGCCCCACCAAGGAUUCUAAAACCAGAUUCACAGAAAGCUUCAUUCAGAAAGGCGUUGCCUAAACCUCUACGCAAAGUCGUUGAACCUCCCGUCGUCACGCCCGUCGAUAUUCUCCAAAUCAUAAACAGAGGAAAGAAGCCCGAAAUCGAAGGCAGGUGUGUGUACAACCAAGAUCCCAAAAACGGUGUCCACUUCCUCGGUUUCACGAAACGGGAGAUGCGGCCGGCGUCCUGUCUCAAAGAAAUCAAAGCAAUUAUUAAAAAAGACAAGACGAAAAUCACAAGACUGAGAAACAAGAUGGCCGCCCAGGACCGGAGUCACGUGGUUUAUUGCGGCGGCGCCAGCAACUAUUUCUUGCCAGAAGGGGUGAAAACCGAGUGCGAAGAAGAGGAGGCAAGGCACGAAAUUGAGUAUCAGACUUUCACGUUUGAAAAUAGCGAGCGACGGCACGAGUUGGUCGAGACGGAGAUUCUUCCAACCAUUACCGAGGUUGUGUCUAAAGUUAAUCUGCAAGUUUUGCAGAUGAAGCAGACGCGGAAGUCUGCGGCUCCGGCUAAUCUUUCCAGGACUGAAGAAGCGCUUCAGUUGAUUAAGAAAGGGCUGGAGAUGAUACAGAGUUGGUCGCAGGAUGAUAAAGUUGAGAAAAGAAAGAGAGUUGAUCCGAUUUUUCAAGGAAAGGGGGGUGAAGCGGAAGUGGUACAGGUUGUGGAGAAAGCUCCCAGACGACGAAAGCAGGUUAUAGAGGAGAAGGAGGAAGAACCCGUGACGAAAAGAGGGCGGGGGAGGCCUCGAUUAAGUAAAGACGGUCAAGAAGGCGGUGUUAAGAAAGUGACUAAUGACGGGGUUGCGAAGAAGAGAGGGCGUAAGAAGACCGCCGACGACAGUGAUGAUGAUUUAUUGGUUGUGAAGAGGGUGGAUAUUAUUAAGAAUCCAGAAGUUGGGAAAAGAAGAGGAAGACGGAAGAAAAUGUAACUGUAGGGUAGAAGUUACGCUAAGUUGCUUUAUAAUUUGUCUUAAUAAAAUGUAUCAUCUGCAA